AUAUUAAUAUCUUGAAAUUUAGUUUAGUUGUGAAAAAUAGUGAGUUUAAUUGGAUUUUUAUAUCAAACCAGAUGGACCGUACCGGAGAGGACUGGACUAGAUAGCCAGGGAUCUCUCCUGUGCCAGCUCUCAAGUUUCAACGCCGGAUAUUUUGCCUCGUGUCCAUGUGCACCUCCAACCCGAACCGCUCCUAGGGUUUCAAAAUCCAUUCCCCCAGAGCCCCCUGUUCUUCCCUUAUUUGGUUGCGAUUCCAUCCUACUUCCCUCCUAGGGUUUUAAAAUCCGUUCACCAAUACCCCCUGUUCCCAUCUUUCCUCCGGCGAAAUCACGAUCACCAGCCACCAUCAUGCCGGCCGCCAUCAAGAGGAGGAGGGACGACGAGAAGAACCGAAUCUCACGACCUGGCAUGAACUCCGACGGCGGCGUCGGAGAAGGAGAGGGCCCGGAUUUCAUCAGCCUUCUCCCAGACUGCAUUCUCAUCACCCACAUCCUCUCCCUCCUUCCCGCAAAGGAAUGCGCUCGGACCAGCAUCCUCUCCUGCCGAUGGUGCCACGUCUGGACCCUCGUCCCCCUCCACCUCGACGACUUCGCCCUCCGCCGCGAGAAAUUCCCCGACCGGCAAUCCAAGGAGGCGUGGGGGUGGCACGAGGGCAGGGACUGGUGCGUCCGCGCCGUCAACCAGAUCCUCUCCGUCCACCGCGGGCCCAUCCUGAGCUUCCACAUUCCUCGCUUCUACGUCGAUCUCGAUUGGCUCCAAACCUUUGCUCAAAGAGGCAUCCAAUAUCUCAACCUCACCAGCUGCGACUCGGUCAACCAGCUGACUCCCUCCAUUCUCAGGUGCAAGACUAUUCGCGCCUUGAAGUUGCCCAACUUUGACUUCUUGAAACCUCCCGUCACCCACCAACCAAUUUUCAUUAAUGUUAAACAACUCAUCCUGUGGGGCGUCGGACUAACUGAUGAGACCGUCCACCACCUACUCGCCAGCUGCCUCGCUCUCCAGUUAUUGUCUUUAUUCAUGUGUUCAGGCCUUCGCCGUCUCCGUAUCUCUUCUCCAAGUAUCCCCAUCCUGAAGCUGUAUUCAAACUACCCUGUUGAAGAUAUCGUCGUUGAAGAUGCCCCGGAUCUUGAGCGCAUGAUGCUCUAUGAUGCUUCGAUGAGAUGUAUAACUGCGGACAUUCUCAAUGCUCCGAAGCUGGAAUUCAUCUAUGUGCGUUUGAAGAAUUUUGAACUGGCACAAACUCAUUUCGAGCUGAAGUCCUCUAAUGCACAACUAAUAGACAGUGCCGCUUCUUCUGAGCUUAGGCUUGUUGUUAGGCAUGAAGAUUAUGUGCCAUAGUCUAAAAACAUUGGCCAUGAUAGUGAACUUCACUGACCAUUGUCAAGCAGGCACACUUCCUGACUUGCUCAGAUGUUUCCCUUGUCUAGAAACAUUGGAUGUUUGGUAAUUUAUGGUACAUAGGUGUGAUGUUCGCUUUCAUCUUCUGAUGUUUUCCGAAGCUUAGGAUGUUCACCUAUUCAAAAUUGAGAUUCAAGUGUUUUAAAAUGCAGUGCGUAUUGGCACAUAUGCAUAUGCGGUGUCUUGACUGCAUGAAGUUGCCUAUAUGCACGGCUCUACGCAGUCACACCACAUAUGGACCGAAAAGGAAGUCCACUUAGCAUUGUGCAGCCACAUGUAAGGCCUUCUUAGUAUUGUAUGGCUGCAUGUAUGAUCUCACUCACCAUUCUAGGGCUACAUAUAUACUUACAUGACCUCCUAUAGGUGAAACAAGUUCAAGUUGAAUGUUGCAAGUGAGCCUGAUUCAGAUAUUAAUAGUGCUAAACUAUUGAUUACAUUAUAAAUAUUGUUAUUAGGUAUUAGAUACUAAGUAAUAGGUACUAACUUUAGUUGUUAUUGUUAUUAGUAUUGCUAUUAUCCAUCCCAAAAAAAAUUAUUACCAUUAUAGAUGUCUUUAUUGUAUUUAAUUUAUUAUAUUUAUUUUUAUGCAGUUCAAAAUGGUAAUACACUGUUCACAUACCACAUAAGCACCAUGUGGUUCCUUGAUCAUCCAAAUACCAUUGCCACCUUUAAAACACUAUGAGAUUCUUUUAUUUUCCUUCAGAUUGUUCCAAAGUAUAUCCCAGUUCGGGGUUUUGGGAGCAGCAGGGUUCCUUUGAUUCCAUAGAUCGCCUUUUGAAGUAUGUAAAGUUGGGAGGCUUCCGAGUGGAGGUGAUGGAUAUGGGGUUCGUCUUAGAUUAAGAGGGGCCAGUCCCAACCUUUCUACCCUAUACUGACACUACCUAUCGAGGGCUGACCGCAACAGAAAUUGAACCCCUGCCUCCUUGCACAAGUGGCAAGGGGUGAUUCCAUCCAAGGAAGCACUUAGUUGUGGGUAUGCCAAGUUUCUUAUUACAUAUGCAUGAGUGCUUCAAGAUGGUGUGUUUGCCAAGUUUCUUAGUAUAUAAGCACCUGUGCUUUCUGAAGAGGACUGUUCUUUGUGUAGGUACUUGGUAGUACAUGGGUGGAGACUUAAUGAUUCCUUUUCUGACUUGAGAACAAGGCCUCUUUAGACACUCAAAUGAUUUUCGUCGAAAACUAGUAUCUCAUUGAUGAGUUUCCUACUUGAAAUUUGCUAUUUUGUCAGUGGUGAACUAUUUUAGAUCAUGCAUUCUUUUAUACCAAUAACUCUUGGUUUUAGAUUUUCUUUUGGGCUGGCCGUGGCUUGCAAAUUUUGCUGAUUUUGUCUUUGCAAGCAUUUUACAUUUUGGAGGGCCCUGCAAUGCCUAACGUUCAUUUUUGCCAGAAGACAGAUGAGUAGAGAGCAGAAAUAGAAUGAUGUGAAGAUAAAUAUGUUUUGACUAGUGUUUAUAUUAUCAUCCCCAUUGUGUUACAAUUGGAACUUUGUUUUAGAAAUCUAUAUUUAUGCAUCUAUAGUUCUUCAUGGAGUUCAUAUUUUCAGUUGUAAAUAUUUUUAGAUCAUGAGUUCAAAUUUUUUCCAUCUUGGUUUUGAAAUUCCUUUUUGGCUGGCAAUGGCUUGCAGGUUUUGUUAGUUUUAUCUUAGCAAGCUCUCUACAUUUUGGACACCCAUGUGCUUGAUGUUUGCUUUUGCCUGAAAUUAGAUGGGUAGAGAGCAGAAAUAGAAUGAUGGGAAGAUAAAGAUGUUUUGACUAGCUGUUUCUAAUUUCUAUCAUCCCCAAUAUGUUAGAAUUGGAACUUAUCUUAGAGAUCUGUAUUUAUGCAUCUAUGGUUCUUCACGGAUUGAUUGCUUCCCUAGAUGUUACAGCUUACUGCCUGAACCUUAUUACUUGAACUCAUUACCUUCUUCUGGAAAAGAUUAUAAAUUAUGCUUCUGAUCUUCUUAUUAAUAUCUACAUGACAACUAAGAACAUCAGCAAUUACUUUUCUUAUUACUUUCACGUCGUGGAAGAAUGGGCAUUUCAUGAAAAAUCUCUGACUAGCCUUACUUGUGCAUGAAUCUAGCUAAUGAUUAGUGCCGAUGCAUUUUUUUUUAAAGAAAUAUGAUGGGGAUGCCAACAACUAUAUUUAGACCCUUUACCUCUUCCAUAAGUUGGAUGGAAUGCCAAAUGGCUGAGCUUGGUUCUAUUUGCGGAUGCAAAAUCAUUGGACUGUAUUAUGAUCGCAUGCUGUUGUACAAAAUUACCAACCUGUUGAAUGAGGCUUUGUUUUGCUUGUGUUUCGAUCUAUGUUAGGAGUUGAUGUUAGGAUAUCAUUCAUGAAAUCCGUAAAUGGACACAUUGCCUUUUAUAGGAGAAUGAAGGCUUGUAAUUGGGAACCUCUCCAAUGGAAUGGCUCAACAACAUGAUACCACUUUUGCUUUCUUCCAGAAAAUUGGAAGGGUAAUUCAUUUCUAGUAAUAGGUAAUUGUUUACAAAAUGUACGUGUUGAGAUGUAAUGGACGGAUACAUUAUGAAAUCCAAAUAAAAGCUAAGAAACAAUUCGCACAGAUCUCUACUACAAAUUCCAAAUGUCAAUGAUUAAAUGGAGGAGCUAUUAGAGUUUGUCGGCACUAGAAUAAAUACAAGAAGCAUACCUUUUUUUUUGAAUAUCACUAUGCCAUUUCUGCUCUGUUAGUCAUCUUAUAGUGGACCAAAUUAAACUUUUAAGCAUUUUAUAGGUCUCUUAAAGUUGGAAGCCUUACAAAGAUCACGUUGAGAGAAUUUCAAGCCCAUUCCAACUUGUAAGCAAAUUUAACACCCAAAUUGCCCAAAAGAUCUUGAACCCUUGAUCCAAGAAGGGUUGCUGCUGGUUUAAGAGUGGCCUCCAAGUGUGGAACAAGAACUCGUAACCAUCAUCUUCAUCUUUCAGAAAAACAACUCGAGCAUCUGAAGAUGCUUUAUUCUCAAAGCACAGCUAAUGGCUUUUCGCUACCAAAAAAUUCAUGCCUUUUCUGUUUCCAUAACUUCUUUAUUCCACAAAUACCUGCAACAAAGAGUCAUCACCUUAAGUGCAUGUGCUCUUGCCAUAUGAAACUUGUCAAAUCCUUGAUUGGUUUCUGUCCUGAAGAACCUUUUAGCUUCCCACUUUUCAGAUGAUGCUCAAGGCAAUCGAGAGAACCUUCCUGUUCCCAGCACCCCAACUUCUGACCAUAUGCUGAACCUGUGCCAACAAUGUAUACCCAAUCAAAAAGAACUUAAAAUGGGUUAACCAUCAUUAGGAAAAUGCGAUGGAACAUCAAGCUUCAUAGACAACCAAAAUUUACCAUAACAUCCAAUGUCUCAAGGCAAGGGAAGCAUCUGAGCAAGUCAAGAACUACAUUUGCCUGACAAAUAUUGUUGUUCAGUCUGAUGGCUAGCAUUUUCAGACUAUGCAUCAGUGUCAGAGAACAGAGAUGGAUGAGCCAAAGGCCAAACCAGU